AUGCAGGCUUCUCUGUACCUAAACACAUCAACACGGAUGAGGAAAGACGAGAUAAUGCAGAAGCUGGGGUCGAACAACGAGGAGGACAAGGCUGAAGGAAUGAAACAGAUAAUAGCACAGAUGAGCCAGGGAGAGGACUUUGGCUCUCUUACACACAAAGUAACAAAGGAGACCUUAGUGGUGAAGAGCAACGAGCUUAAGAGGCUAUUCUAUUACUAUCUAGAGCUACUUCCGAAAUCCAGAGGAUCUCAGUCGUUUGAGGAGAUACUUCUUCUGUCUAAUCAAGUUCGAAAGGAUCUUGAGCAUCCAAAUGAGUAUGUCCGAGGGUUUGUAAUGAGAUUUGUCAGUACUCUGGACGACCAGGAACUUGUAGGGAACUUCUACAAGUUGAUCAAAGACAACCUCAACCAUCCGAACGCAUAUGUUCGAAGAAAUGCAUACUUCUGUCUUGGAGAGAUCUUCCUGAAGAUGGACACAUACAAGGAAAUUCCAGACCUUCUGUACCAUGCACUGCUCAGAGACCUGGAUCCAAACUGUUUGCGGGAGGCCUUUGUCUCUCUGCACCAGACGGAUCCAGACUUGGCAUUGAAGUAUGCUAACGAGGUGGACUUGUCGAUACCAAGCGAGCUUUCCACGGCCAUCAUAGAGAAGACUAGCGACCCAGGCCUUCUGGAGAGGUUCCUUUUUUCCGGGGAUUUCCAAACGGCGCUUGAAGCGGGGAUAUCGAUUCACAGGAUUAGUAGCGACGAAGAGUUGUUGAAGAGAAGUACAGACACCAUACUGAGGUGUCUUGCAGAUCUUCCCGAAUUCAGAGAAUAUGCUGUUGACGAGCUUCUGCUCUCCACAUACUCGUUUUCAGGAUAUGCAAUGAGCUUCUUGGAACUUAUAGACCCGUACGACUUGAGUCUUUGUUCAAAGUGCCUGGACCUUGCUUUCAAGAUUGCAGAGACCCACGAGUUUCUGCGAAUCUCCGAGUUCCUGGGAUCGAAGUUCAUUGAUACUCAUGAUGCAUCAUCGCAGAACCAGAACUUCAAGGUGCUUCUCCUGAAGAAGAUGGCAUACUUUGCUGAUGUCUAUUCAUCCUACAGCGAAGAGAUGAUUUCUGAGUCAUUGAAAAACAUUGUGUCGGACAAUCCGGAGAUGAGCUAUGGAUCCUUGGUAUUUCUCUCCUCUUGCUUCGAGGUCAUGAGGAAGAAUACUAUGCCUGGGCAGAGAGAAACAAUAGGAUAUAUCGGCCAUCUGAAGACAUUGGUGAAUAAGAUAAACGCGGUGAAGUAUGGGAAGAUAUUGAGGUGCUGUUUUGAGGUUCUUAGGAAAUAUGCCACAAAGGAGAUCUUCCUCAGUACUGUUGAGAUGCUGGACUGUUCGUUUGAGCUUUCCAGCAAGCCUUUGUAUUUAGAAAACACACAGACGUUUUUGGGAGCAUUUAUGUGCAUUGAAUUGGCUAAGAUGUGCAAGACAUUUGGAGAAGACCAAAAGGACAGGGUUAUUGGGAUCAUGCUAAAGUUUGUUGAAUACGGGAAGGAAAGCAAGACUAUCGAUGUGAGUUCCCAUUCGACAAUAAUAUCAUGUAUUAGAUCUCUGAUGUCUUGUGAUGAGGAGGUGGGGAUUGAGUUUGAUAGGCAAGUACGGUGCAGGGAGAAUGUUCUGGACCCUAUUGUACUUCCUGGGGUGCGACCCGGUGAUGAAAGGAAUCAAAAUAAGCUUUGCGAGUUUCUGAGAAAGGAUGAAGGCGGGAGCGGAGAAAUGAGGAAUGUAACCCAGCUGACAGGGCUGUCGGAUCCCAUCUAUGUUGAGGCCACUACAAGUUACACCCGGCACGAGGUUGUGAUGGAUAUGCUUCUUAUCAACCAGACCUCGUCCUAUCUUCAAAACAUACUACUGGACUUUGUGACCAGCCAGGGAUUUAAUGCAACAUUCAUCAACACGCCGUUUUCGUUGUCCAGUAGGUCAGUGGUGACCAAGAGAUUUACAUUCAGAAUCAUCGAAGGAUCGAAUGGGUUUAUAAGUGGAUCCAUAACCUUCAGGUAUCCUGACGAAUGUGGAGAGUAUGCCAACACGGUGUAUACAAUCAAUUUGGCGGAGGUAAGAACGGCAGUGUCGGAGUUUCUCGAGCCAAAGAAGAUGGACUCUGACGAAUUCCGAGAGACGUGGAAGGAGCUUGAGUGGGAAAACACAUACACACUCAAGUUUGUUACCAGAAGAACCUUGGAAGAGAUAUUUGAGGAGGUGAGCAAGGUCCUGAACGGGGAGAUACUGGACAUCGAGUACGACGAGAGCUAUGCUGUUGGGAACAUAGCUUGUAUGACUCUCCAGAACGUAUGUGUGCUGAUCAAUGUAUGUCUUAGAAAAGGGGAGUAUGUGCACUUUGAAUCUAGGAUCCGUAGCAGAAGGGAGGGGAUAGUAAAGUCUGUAAGCGCAGUGGUUGGGGAUGUCCUGAAGUCGCUUAAGAAUAAAUGA